AGAGGUCAUCCUAGAAUUCUCUAGGUCACUUUGGGCACUACGGUUUUGCGCAGUUGGUGAUGCGUCUUGAUUCAUUCAGACAUAAAAGCGUAUUAUUAGGGUUUGAAAAAUACUGAAUACGUCUGUUGAACUUUCUGUAUAACGGUAAGUUUCCAGUACAAACUAUGUAUGAUCGUAACAGACGUUCUGUUUGUGUAUCUAUCUCAUCCCGUUCUUACCGGAUAAGAAUUCAACUAAGUCAGAUUAGAAUGAGGUAACUGGGAACCUGUUGUUCUAAUCCUGUUAGAAUUAUCCUCCCGUAUGGUCUCUUUGUACUCCCAUAUACCCCUUUGGGACUAGUAAUUGUGAUUUUGCGUCUGGUAAUAUUUCUUCACGCGUUCCUAGCUUCAUGGGUGCUAUCUCAGUUCGAAUCCCUUCGAAGGUUGGUUAUAUCGGUACUGAACUCUAUAUUCAGAUUCGUGCUGCGCUCUAUGUGCACUGUUCUGGGUUUAGUUGUAUAUAUCGAUUCAGAUCUUCGUACCGAUCGAAACACAUGUAUGCCUUUUGUAUCCAAUUAUGUUACUUUGUUUGACCACUUGGUACUGUGUCUAUCCGAGGAUUGUAUCACAGUAAGUUUUCCUACUGUUUUUAUCACAUUUGUAACAUGUACAGGUUCUAACAUAACUACUAGAUUAUAUAAGUUUAAUCCCAAUCACUAACGGGAGUCGGUCCAAAAGUAGCACCUAAGUCAUAUUUACUAACACCCGAUAAUAAUUGCAUUUUGUGGUCUUAAAAGAAUGUUCAGCUUCAUUGACCAAGCGUUACUGUGAUGUUAUAUUAUGAAAAGCUUACCACAGAAGGUCUGCUCGAACACUUGGUCAAAUUAAAGCUUACGGGAAGUGGCCCCCUAAGAAAACCACCUGCUCCGGUUUGCGCACCCGGGCAGUAUCACAGCCCUCACACAUAUCGAAUGAGAUUCGCGUGGCGCAUAUGUAUUUGGUGCCUCCUUGUACCAAUAUCUGUGUUAAAAUCAAUAAUAAAUAUAAUUAUGAUGGUGUGUCAUUAGAACUCUUAAACCUUAUUUUUAGAGUUGACCACUAUCCCCAUUUCUAUUGAAUCGUUGUAGUUUAAUUAUAUAGUAGGUUUUCGUGCUGCAAAACAUAGGAGGAACCAAGUUCAAACAAAGAAACCGUCCCAUUGUGUAUCUGUAGUCUUUAAAAAAACUAAUAGCAUUCACAUUUCUAGCCAUUAAUUCAACUUUCUGGGUAAGUGCCAAGUAUUGAAACGGAGUCUCCUACAUACAGUCGGUCAGCAUUCGUCAAUUUGCUUUGGAAGCAUACAUUAAUUUCACGAGUAGUAUAGGCCGACACAGCAUAUAUAAUAAUCAUCCUCUGAAUUUUUUUAGUUUGUAAAUAAACCUGUAAGUUGACUUCUGUAUAGUUAGCUCUCUCGUGAGUUUAACUUACAAACGCUGAACUCUUCUUUUGAAAUCCCACCGUGUAAGAUGUUCUUUCAUCCGCUAGUGUGUUUUUUGGAACUUAUGAACUUGUCCAUACUUGACGUGUGCAUGCAAUGAGGACUGAUUUUUUAAUUAUUAAUAAUCAACAGCCGAAUACACAUGUCUUCCAUUGGAAGUCAAUUCCACAUAACAAAGAAAAGACUCGUUCCGUUCCUGAAUUCGUCCUUCGGUGUGCACGAGACAAUCAUCAACCUGUUCAUCUACUUCCUGAAAAAGCACCAUCUGGUUCUUCUGACUGCCUUUUCAAGUUUGAUCACAAGAUGUUUGGUUCAGUGGAUAAAGUACAACCUGUGGCGCUUAAGGUUAAUCGAAUCUUUCCUAUUAAAUUAGUAAGUCAACUGUUUUCAUUUGGUUAUAUUCACCAUUCCGUCAAUUUUUCCGAGUAAUUUUUAACUUAUGAUCAUUCACGGUUAUGUGAUAUUUAAUUGCGUAAGAUGUGAUGAUUAAAAUUUUGAUUUAUAAGUCAGCGGAUUAUGAAUGGCCUUACUACAGUGAAUUAGUUCUCAAAUAAUGUAAUAAGUCAAAUUAAUAUUUGCAAAUGAAGACAGGUGAUUAGAAGUUAAAGAAAAUGAUGUUGGGUAAAUAUGCAUUCACAAACAGAAUUAGUUUCUCAAAUCACGUCUAUACUGAAAAGUAUUAUACUUAUACUUCACUUACAUAAUUUUUCAGAAGCACUUAAUCGGUUAAUUUCUCAGUGGGAUAUCAGGUUUUAACACUUAUCACACAACAAGUUUUGUAUUACGUAUUAGUUACAUUGUACCCUUCAUUUAUACUAAGUCACGAGGAGUCAGGGCCAUAGUAUUUGCUUACUCAUCAGGUUUUGCAUAAUUCGACUUUUUAAUGAGUGAGUUAACUUUGUAAAUAGGGAUGUUUGGUAACCUUUUUUGUUUAUAUGGUUAAAUAAAGCAUUAGAGUAUUAUAUUUCCUCCUGCUUUGAGAGUUAGUAUCAAUAAAACCCCAUGUACACGUCAUUUUAGUCUGUAUAGUUACUCACUGAGACUUGUUACUAGACUGGUAAUUUUUCUAAUAACUUUGGGUUAAACUCUUUACACAACACUAGAUUAGUAGUUUGUUUGUUAAGCAAACUGACACUUGAUGUUUCACUUUCAUUUUUUUAGAUUAAAGUCACCAUACAAAUGUGGUCAGCCAAUAUAUGGCAUAUGUAUCGUCUAUUAGGCUGGUUGACUAUUUAGAUCUUUCGUACUUUUGAUUUGUAAUAGUAAACACGAGCGAAUAAAGUAAAAAGUAUCCGUAUUUUAUGAGUUAACAUCUAAGUACGUGGAUAUUUUCAAGAAUCUUAAUUCAUAAAAAGCAAGACAUAGUGAAAGCAGUUAUAAAGGAUGCAUUCUUACUGGGCUUUCUUGACUUAAGCAAUGCAUUGAUUCACUGCAUUAUAAGUAGCAUAUUGACUUCAUUGUCGAACGAUAUUUCGUAUGCCCAAUUUUUUAUUGUUUACACUAAUUCUAUUCUUUCUAUUAUGGUAUUAAUUUCGUUAAUUUCAUCUAACAACAGUGGUGUAGCACGACAACAACGGAGAUUUGUACUCUGUCCUGCGUUAUUGAUGAUUAACUGACAGACGGCCUUCAUUGUGGAGAAAACCAACAGUUAAUAACAGCUUCAACGUGUUGAACGCCUAAAAAACUCGAUUAACGACAUGUCAUUUAUGCAAACAAAAGUUACAUUAAUUAUCUGCUUUCACAGAAAAUUGUCCAUCAGUUAUAGUUUAAGUUUUUGAUUGUCUCAGGUGAAGUCGAAAAGUGAGAUAUCACUUUGUCAAAUGUUUCGUAUUGCGUAAGGAUAUAAAUCUACGAAAAUCACAGUUAGAUGAUCACUUACUCUCUGUCACUUAUGGUCGGUAAGAAAUUAGAAAAAACACUUGCGGUUCAAAAAGAAUCUAGUGGUGGGGUUUCGACAACUCAACAGAGUCUCUAAUGCAUGCAUAGGAGCAUUGAUUAUGGUUCUUAUUCUUUAGUUUGAAAGUGGUGCCUCACACUACAAUGUGUAGCUUAUCGGAUGCCACUAGUAAUGCCGAUCCGUUUCUUCUCAGUGGAUUAAACUACUUACUCGCCACAAUAAUUGUUUGCACCCUGAACUGCAACAUUUAUUUCAAUGAGUGUUACGUAUUAAGCAUAUCAAAAUGUACCACUUGUUUACCAAAGAAAUGCUUUCAGUGUUACUUUAACGUCUCGUGAUAAAGCCUUUUAUUGGAAACACCCAUUGAUUGAUUAUAAUGUAUAAACAAAUAGUGUCAUUGCAUUGAUGUCUGGCUUGUGGUUUGUACAAGGAUAUAAGGUUCUUAGAAACCUUUUUGGAAACAGCUUAAACUAGUGCUAAACCCAGAUCUCAAUCUAAGUUACUCUGUUGUUUUUUUCAGCAAUCAACUAAGUUUUUGUCAUUCUUGUUUUGUUUGAUAUUUCAGUUCAUUAACUAACUUUUUUCUAUACUUAUUUAAGUUGUGUUUAAAAUCGUCAGCCAAAGAUAGGAACUUUCUUGAGCUUUUAGUUUCAUCCAACGUAUAGGCAAAUAGUCACCGUUUCUAAGAUGUCUGUCAUUUCAAAAUGAUUUCGCAUAGUCUUUUUUUGAAUGGCGUUUAUCACUCCUACGUGCUAAAAAUUGCAACACAUUGUUUGCGUUUAUUGGAAUUUUUCGAACAAAUAUUGCUUGUUUUUAAUCUAAAGUAAUCUAUCAUACUUCACCACUGAGUUAUUGUUCGUACCUGUUUACUUUAUUAUGAUGACCUAUCUCGUUUUUCCAAGGUAAGUUUGGCUAUUUGAUAUUCGGUCUUUAUGCAGUUUCUUUUCAAAGAAGCUUACGACUACGAAACAGAUUUUAAAAUAUUGCUCGUUAGUAUUCAAACAUGCUGUGCUUCAUUUAUACCAAUACAUAAAUUUAUUGUAGGUGGUUCAUCCUGUUUUUUGGUUUAUGGAGCUUUUGUGGCAGUUCUUCACUCCUUUUACAUAUUAUCAUGUCAAAUAUUUAACUCCAAUUAGUCGGAUGUCUAAUGAAACAGAUGAGGAUUUCUGUGAAAGGGUUCGUUCUGCUAUUGCUUAUUCCCUCGGAGCUACACUCAGCCCAAUAAAUGCUGAACAUCUGGCAGAUGUGAGUGUUAAAAUAAUUUCAGGUCCUAAGUGUACACAUUUUGCACAGUUAAUAACAAGAGUUUAUCUCCUGUAAUUAUUGACAAUUUAUUACGUAUAAGUUUAGUUGUAGACAUAAUCAUUCGGAAUUCCAAGUGCACACACGAAUAUUUCAGCUCCUCUUACGUCGCUUGAUAGACAGACACGAAUUACCUAUGCAUUUAGAACUAUGUAUGUUUUUCUUUAUGUGACAUUUUAACGUAGUAAUCAUUCUUUGCAGUAUAUUUCUGUAUUCAUUAAUUAGUUCAAAUACUAUUCUCUGAAAUAUGUAUUCAUCUAUCUAGGACAGUUUAAUCAGUGUUUGGUUUGCAUAUAUGCCUGUGAAGCAAUUAGGUAUGUGGUUAAAAAAUAUGCGGAGCAGUCGUACCGUGGAUCAUCUAGCAGUUCUAUGUGACCUGGUUUGCACAUUCUAGCUUCAAUUGACUCAUGAUCUCAACUACUGAGAUUACUACAAUCUCCACAAAACCUCUUCUGAUACUAAUCAACAUAUACUCACCAGUGACUGGCUUCGAGAGGUAUAUCCUGGAGUUCUAGUUAGAAGCAGUGACCGGUGGAGUUCAACCGGGUCUGUUGUGAGGUAGUAACUCACUGAUGACAAUGGUGGUUGGUUCGCUCAAUUUCGUGGAUUAGUCGAAGUUAUACAUUACCGUUGGAUGCCGGCUCAGUGGUCUAAUGGUUAAGCGCUCGUGCGCGAAACUGAUAGGUCCUGGGUUCGAUACCCGCAAGGCGGGGUCAUGAAUGUGCACUGCUGAGGAGUCCCAUACUAGGACGAAACGGCCGUCCAGUGCUUCCAGGUUUUCCAUGGUGGUCUACCUUCAAUUGACUCAUGAUCUCAACUAUUAGAACGAAUAAAUUGUGUGUGAUAGUUCUAAUGUUUUAGCAGUCGGAUGUCAGUGAUCCUCAAAUAACAAGGGUGACUCCAUAACUGAGUAUAUAAACGUGUAUAUGUUCCGUUAGUCUAGUGAUUUAUCGUUGAAAGCUAAGAUAGUGUCCCUAAAUAGAUGCUUUCUACUAAAAUACUUAGCUGCCGUAGCUUAUAGUUGGAGAUCAUUUCCAGUACCCCAAUAAAAUUAAAAAGCAUGUUCUGUCCUACAGCUUGUUGAACUUUGGACAAAAACAUCAAUAGAAUAAUGAUAAGUAUGUUUUGUAAGUUUUCAUCACAUUUUUUCCUUUAUAUAUAUAAACUAACAGUUUCAUCAACUUAGUUUCUUAAAUCUCAUUACAUAAAAAUAGAUUCAAGCCCGUGAUGCACCAUCCUCGAGUCGUGUUUAAAAUAACUAAACAGUUAAAAAAAAUGAUCCGAAAUACAUAGUGUAAGUUGGUACAAACAACUAAGCUAUUUGUUUGAAAAAUUAUCUUAAUCAAGUCGUAAGAUUUGUUGACAUUCCAGAAUGUAUUACGCGACUUUCCAAAUUGUGUAGCCUAAUUGGUUAAUCUAAAUUAUCAUAUUGGUUCUGGUCCGAAAUCUCUUUCCGGAUACAAUUGUUUUUAUCAAAUCAUUUUCCUAUGAGAUAGUUCUCCCCUAAAUUACUUUUUACUUCUAGUACACUGGAGCGGAAUCACCCAUUGCUUCGCUUUCUAUCCAUAAUGCGCGAUCUUGUACUAUGUCUAGUUUAUCCGCAACGCCACCCAGUUCCCCUUUGUCUAGAAAGCAUUCUACGAGUUCAUCAAGCGAUUCUUUAAUUUCAAACAUACUCGAGUCUGAUGGAGUUCGUCUUCGCCACUGUAUUCAGCCCAAUCAUAAAGCCUCCGAGACCUACUCAUGCUUCACUUUCGAACAUCUAGUACCUCGAAUCAGUGAAAUACUUCGUGACAUACCGGCGUUUCGGAUCCGUGAAGCUCUUGGUAAGGUUUUAUAUUUAGUGUAACACUUCUUAGUUAGGUAGGAACUAUAAUUCUGCUUGUAAUCCAAUUUUUAGGCUUUUGAUGUGUAAAGCAACUAUCCAUACGUACACGGUUUUACACUCGUUUUGGUAUAGUAAAACACUAGUAGUAUUUCUUUGAGAUGCUUGUAAGAUAACUGUCAGCAGUGUCCGAUAUGAAAAUCAGAUACGUUCUUACUGAGACCCAAUAACAAUCUGUUCUUUACACCACAUACCAAAUUAUUGGACAAUGGCCUGAAAUUUACUUCUCAAGUGUGGUUACCUGGGGAUAAGUGUUUGAACUCAGUAUAUUGCAUUCUUCACUUAGGCACGCAGAAUUGAUUCAUUUCUACUGCGAAACUGAGUCAACUAUGAGACAAGAAAAGUGUAUGGGCUCUUAGGAUAUAUCGUAGCUUAGAUACCAAAGUUUCACUGUCAGUCUCAGAAAUUCAGAAUUUUAAAAGCCUAUCGAAAAAGAUCACAUAGAGGUUUUAAGGUUAUUACGCAAAUAUUGUAAGUGCCAGAUAUUGUCAUAAUUGUUACAGUCUCGUAGGUUUUUGAGGGAGUUUCAGUCAGUCGCAUUCAAAACUAUUUAGCACUAACAAAAUUAUGCUGAGGAAUACUAGGGAAACCAACCACAGUACUGAUUAUCAUGUCCUAGAGAAUAAGAUACUUACUGAACGUAUUUCAUUAUAUGUAGCUGGUGAUUCAUAUUUUUGUUACGAAAGUAAAAUCAUACUGAUGUUAAAGUAGGAACAUGAUAAAUUAUCUUGACAUAAUGUAAUCUACACCUUUUGAUUGCUGAACGACUUAUUCUGAUGUAGAGGAAAAUCUGUCAUAUGUCAAUGAAUUUUAAGUUGGUUCAAUAUUUUUGUAUGAUAAAAAUAGGAAGUCAAUGUACGUAACCUUCAUUUUGUAUAUGGUUUUUUGUUUCUACCUUAAAAAUAUCACGUUUUUUUUAACCCAGUGUAAAUAUAUCCGCAAUUGAUACAUUUUUUGUUUAGUGAAUACUCAAGGUGACGUUGAAUCAGCUAUUGAUUACCUUUUGGAAAAUCCACAUGACUCGGAUACUCAACGAGACAGUAAUCAGGGCGACCCCACUAUGUCUGCUAUGUCUCCCAGCAGGUUCACAGUUGCUGCUCCACAGUUCCUACCAAACUCUAGUUCACGUCAAUUGAGCCUUAGUGAACGUCGUGAAGCUCUUUUGAACCAUGCGCGUCAGCUGUAUCGUUCCCGUCAGCAAAGAUCCACCUAAUUCAUGAAGUAACAUCCCGCUGUUUGACAGUCCUUUAAAGUUAAUGAACUGUGAUUCCUCCCGUAUACUUUUGACUGCCAACUACUUUCUCGUUAACUCGAAUGUUAAUAAGUCAAAACCCCAUCUGAUAAAUCCUGAUUACUUUAAUUCUGAGUUUAUUAGUUUCUCAUCAUUGUAUCAUAUCAAAAUAUCUUUCGAUUUUAUAUGGUUUUGCAUUAUUUGACAUUACCUGACUUCGUGGUGGUCUAUAUAGUCUUAAAAAUUCCCAUAUUGUGAAUUAGACCAACAUAUAUAAGCGAACAAUAUUGUUUUCAAGUAGAUCCUCAUAAGGCUUUACCCCAAUAUACAGUAAUGUUCAUAUGCAUAUACGAAAUUAUUAAACCAAUCAAGACGGUUUAUGAGUCAAUGGUAACAGUGGAAUAGACUACAUAAAUAAACAUAAUAAGUAAAGAGUACAAAUUGGUAGUGUGAUGACAGGUUACUAGUUGUGAUAAGAAUAAACAGAAAUAGGUCAUUCAAAGCUAUUUAUCGUAUUCCUACUAGUUUUCCUUAUGUAGUUUGAUCUUGUCUCUUACAUGUAGCAGUAGCUAUAGAAAUCCAAGCUAACAAUCCAAGUCAUAGUAUUCAUAAGAAAUUUGUAACAUCUUUAUCUCUCCCUUGACACCAAAUUAGCCUUAAUAAGACUUAUUUAUUAUUACUUCCCAUACUCGUUUGUUUUUCUGCACCUCCUUCCACUCUUUUUCCCAAAUACACGCUUCGUCGUUCAAUCAUCUAAACAGUUCUCAUUACGUAGUCUUAGUAUUUGUGGAUGCUAUUUCAGCAUUUUUAUUUCUUCAAGCCAUUGACCUAUUUCCCAUUAUGAAACAUGAAUUUAGGAGUUUGUUAUUCUUAUCACAACUAGUAACCUGUCAUCACACUACCAAUUUGUACUCUUUACUUAUUAUGUUUAUUUAUGUGGUCUAUUCCACUGUUACCAUUGACUCAUAAACCGUCUUGAUUGGUUUAAUAAUUUCGUAUAUGCAUAUGAACAUUACUGUAUAUUGGGGUAAAGCCCUAUGAGGAUCUAAUUGAAAGCAAUAUUGUUCGCUUAUAUAUGUUAGUCUAUAUAAUCGUUUUGUUAUCAGCGUAGCUGACAUCAAUCAAAAGAGUAUUAUCAAUUAUUUCCUAAGCCUAAGGUUUGUCGCCAACCGACAACUUAAUCUUUAAUAUAGUAGUUAGAAUGACCGAAUCGGACGGUUACUCCUAGAAAUACUUUUUAAUCGUACGAUGACAAGAAAAUUGAUUUAAGGAUGUUAAAAAUGAAAAUUGCCUCGACUUUAUUUGAGACUAUGCGAUGGGCAAAAAAAUUGUUGAAAAUUCCGUCCUUAAUCAUUUAUAUCAAAGAACGUAACUGAUAGAAAUAUCGAACAGAUAGACCGAAAACAGUAAAGAUCAAGAUUAGUAUUUAAGUAGAACUACACCAUAUACACUUUAGGUAAAAAAAAAGUUGGGAGAAGUUUCAAACUCGCCGACAUACCAAGUUAUUAUGUCACUCGAAUAUAGUAAUAAUAUCUAGUUAGGACAGUUAUAUCGUAUUGAGCAAUUUAAAGUUAGGAAUGAUACUUAACCUGAUUGAUUAUUUCCCAACUUGUGUAUUAUAGAUACAUAUCUCGUUAGCCGACCUGGGCUACUUCAGCUCGAGGUGCAGCUUUGGGGUCGUUUUGAAAUUUUUGUGAUGGCAAAUGAACGGUAAACUAAAAUUUUUACUUUACUGAACAUAUUGGUGUUGCAGUGAAAUGAUAAUCCCUCACUCGAGCAAUCGGGUGUCAGAAUGACUGAUCUGCAAAAUUAGUUUCUGAGUUAAAAAAACGCUUCUUAGUGUGCACAACCGUUAACUAGAGGUAAACAUUGUACCAACCCAAUCAGUUCAAACAUGGUUUAAUCCCUCAGGAUCACGUUAGUGUUAAGAUUGCAUGCUCUUAUCGAAUCUAUCACAACUCAGUUGAACAAUUUCAUUUUUUAACAAAUGAGUUGAGUGGAAGUGGCAUAAGUAUGGGGAAUCCGUUUACUUUUUAUUCGCGAAUAUUUAUUAGAGGAUAACUAUGAUUUAAUAAUGUUAUAUCCCCUCACUCUUAAAUAUAUCUGAUUGUUAGGUGUACGUGUAUUAGUAGUUAGUUAUAUCCUUCUUUCUACCAACUAAUUCUUUCUUCCUGUACUAUAUCAUUAUAUGCAAUCUUUCUUUUAUACAUUACCACCAUUGAAUUAAUUCUAUGAGUUCGGUGUUCAUCUUGUUGUGUCAAUGAGGUAUGACAACUGGGACCGAUGCAUAUAUGUGCUUGAUGCUACGUUUUAGCUGACUGAUCAGAACCUACGUAAACCUGAAGCGUGUGAGUAUUAUAGCAUAUCUGAAACAUCGCUGUUCCUACGACGAAAUAUGCGUAAGUCUAAUGUCUGAAAUGUAGCAACACUGUGUCUAGCACUUGAUAAAAGACUCAUCAUGUUUAGGUGAAUUUAUAUCAACCUGAGGCCAAGAUACCUAGUUUUGUCUGUGAAACAUAUUUUAUGAGGGUCAAUUACAUUUUUAAAUUGGUAACGUUCGGCUACAGAUGUCUACAAAGGAUUGGUCGCACGUAGUAGAAUGUCGGGAUCAAGCUGAGUGUACUGAGUAAAAUUAGCGAGUCGGUUGAGACUUUGUACCAACUAAGUCAGUUGAAAUGCCUUAUUACUGGCUACUCUGAUAUCUUUCAUUUCAUGUGGAGUGAUAAAUUCAUUUCUUGCCUUCCUGUUUCAUUGGCUCUUUUUGAGAUAGAAAAUUUUGAUGUUUGGUUCAUUAUCACAAUGAAUACUACCAUAAAUUCGACUUCCUCGUGUGCUAGAGAGAAAUAUGACCGAGUGACUCGAUGCAUGUACUGACUAGAUCUUACACUAAUGAUGAUACUUAACCAUAAUGAUUAAAUCUGUAGAACUAAUGGAUGACAGGUAAAUUUACCAACAAGAUCUGUAGGGUUUUAUUUCAGUCAUAAACGAACAAAUUCCGUCCUUAACUCGUGGUUCAAAUGGCUAGAUUCAAUUAACAUUUUGGGAAGUCCAAACUCAGACUUCUGUGCUUUGUUAAGACAUCGUCUGAUUCUAGGCGAUGUUAUUUUUGAAACUAUGCUAGUUGGGCUGAUUUUUCUGUUAUUAGCACACGAGAAUUAACAAUCGAAGACUGCUGAACAGAACUAGUGCUUGCUCUCAUAUUUCAGUUAGUAAUUACG